AUGGAGUCAAGCUCAGAUCCCAGCUCUCUGAAGCAUUAUCUGAUGGAAGAGUUUGAUCCCAAGCUUUUCUCUGACACAUACUUCUCACAUAAUUCUCAUGAUGAACUUUUUGAAGAAUCAGCUUUAGUACCAUUGAGACUUCUGUACAAUCAGAUGUCUACAGGUUGUAUUAAAGGUGAAACUUUGAUUUACAUGCAAGGGGGCACUCUUAUUUUUACCCUUAUUCCAAUCUCUGAGUUCUUUAAUGACAUCACUGUGUUGGAAGUAAAUGACGUUUGCAAAGAGGAACUGGAGAAAUGGAAAAAUACUCAUGACGACGCCUAUGAUUGGUCUCACACAUUCAAGUUUAUGGCAGAAAUGGAAGGCAAAGGUGAGGAGUGGAAGACAAGACAAGAACAACUUAAAACGACAAUUAAACGAAUUCUGAAAUGUGAUUUCACCAAAGAAAACCUAACUGACCCAGUAACUCUUCCAAAAGUUGACUGUAUAUAUGUUGGUUGUGUGCUGGAAACUAUCUGCAAAGACCGAGAUGAUUAUUUAAGGAGUCUGAAGAAGAUCUCCAUGUGGCUAAAACCAGGUGGUCAUCUGAUAAUAUUAGUUAUGUUAAAUGGUUCAUUUUACACAAUCGGGGAACACCGCUUCCACAUUCUGAAUAUAGAUGAAGAGUUUAUAAGAAAAGCUCUCAGGGACAUAGGGUACGUGGUUGAAACCAUAGAGAUGGUGGAAAGGAAAUCAAACCAUGAGGCUAUAUCUUAUGAACACAUGGCACUUGUAACUGCCGUAAUGCAAUGA